GGUAGGGUUGAGGGCAGCCGCCGCUGUGGUCACAUUAAAAACUGCAUCGCCUUUUGUGACAACUGUAGAUCAAAAAGCCAUCAGCUCCCCCCCCUCGCUUAUGUUUCGGGGACUUGUAGUUUUUAGUGUAAAGAAAGCCGGCGCACGGUAGGGGCCUUCGUGUAAGUAAAACUACAGUUCCCUCAGAGCUACUCGGAGGUGUUAGUUGUCAAUAUGGCUGUUGUCAGACAGACAAAGCAGAGAGGCAAAUAAUUCGCCUCUGAUUAGAAAUCCUUGGUAAGGGGUCGGACGGGGCACUGUAAUCAUAUUGCGUUAUUGUUCGGCUGCAGUGAAAAGACACAACGGGUCUUUGCUGAAGUUCUAAAGUUAAAUGGUUAAGCGGACGAUUUGAACCGAGCAGCAGGAUGUCUGAGUUCAGCGAGGAGCCGCGCUUCACCAUCGAGCAGAUAGAUCUGCUGCAGCGGCUGCGUCGCACCGGCAUGAACAAGCAGGAGAUCCUGCACGCGCUCAACACGCUGGACCGGCUGGACCGGGAGCACGGCGACAAGUUUGGCCGCCGCACCUCUUCUUCCUCCUCCUCCUCCUCGUCCUGCUACGGAGUGGGCGGGGCCAACAACACCUCUGCCUCCAACACCACUACAUCGUUCAACAAUAACAACACUGCCUCGGCAACCGCCACCUCUACGGCGGCGUGCAACGGCGGCGAGAGCGCCGCCGCCGGAGGCGAUCACUCCACCGCCGCCGCCGCCUCCGCCUCCUCGUCCACCGCCUCCAAAAUCUCCACCGCCACGCAGACGCAGUUCGGCAGCUUGGGGGCACUCUCGCCAUCGCCCAGCAACAGCUACGAUACCUCCCCGCCCCCGGGCCCGCCGCCGCCUUCUGCCGUCUUGCCCUCGCCGGUCUCGCUUGUGGCUCUGUCGCAGAACGGGCGGGACAGCCUGGCCGCCACGCCCAACGGGAAGCUGUCCCCUCCCAGGUACCCGGUGAACAGCGCGGCGGCGGCGCGGGCGUUUGGGUUCGAGGCCACAGAGGAGGACCUGGACAUCGACGAUAAGGUGGAGGAGCUGAUGAGGAGGGACGGCAGCAUGGUGAAAGAGGAGAUCAAAGCCUUCCUCGGGAACAGGAGGAUCUCUCAGGCAGUGGUGGCACAAGUUACCGGCAUCAGCCAGAGCAGGAUCUCCCAUUGGCUACUACAGCACGGCUCCGACCUGAGUGAGCAGAAGAAGAGGGCCUUCUAUCGCUGGUACACGCUGGAGAAAACCACGCCAGGUGCCACUCUAAACAUGCGGCCAGCUCCGUUACCUCUGGAGGAAAUGGAGUGGAGGCAAACCCCACCCCCCAUCACCACUGCCCCGGGAACCUUCCGGCUGCGUCGAGGAAGUCGCUUCACCUGGAGAAAAGAGUGCCUGGCUGUGAUGGAGAGCUACUUCAACGACAACCAGUACCCAGAUGAGGCCAAACGGGAGGAGAUAGCAAAUGCCUGCAAUGCUGUUAUUCAGAAGCCAGGGAAGAAGCUGUCUGAUCUGGAGAGGGUUACCUCACUGAAAGUUUACAACUGGUUCGCCAACCGUCGCAAAGAGAUCAAGAGACGGGCGAACAUUGAAGCCACAAUCCUGGAGAGUCAUGGGAUAGACGUCCAGAGUCCAGGGGGACAUUCUAACAGCGACGACAUCGAUGGGAACGACUUCUCAGAGCAGGCAUGUGACCUGCCCUAUUUUGACAAGAGACCUCUCAGCCGACCCUUUGGCCUUUACCGACUGGAGCCCACUUCGCCAACACAGGCUGAAGGAAGACACUGCCAGUACUUACUACAGCCUCACACACACCACUACAACAUCCAUCCCAAAUCAAAGGUUGACAGGGCGUGCCAUGCCCAGUUACGGUUGCUAAGCUAUGAUUGGACAAUUGCCGUUUGGGGAAGGGGUUUAGCGAACAGUUGGUCAGUUGGUCAGCAUGAUGGCAAAACCAGGAAAAUAAAAUGCAGGAGGACGGCGCGGCCCACAGCGAGCACCAGGACCCCAUCUCUCUGGCUGUGGAGAUGGCCGCCGUCAACCACACCAUCCUGGCCCUGUCCCGGACCGGAGGGGUGCCCAGCGACAUCAAGACGGAGUCCCUGGAGGACGAAUGAACUGCACAGGAAAAGUGGAAGGAGGCAGCGGAAGAGAGAAAUGAGACAGGCGAGAGGGAGGAAAAGGAAGGAGGAGUGAAACGGGGAGCUUAAAAAAAAAAGAGACCAAAAUAAUGCUACUUAGUAAACCUUCUGAAUCUGUCCCUCAGCCAGCCCCCUGUCAGCUGUUCUCUCUCUCUCUCUCUCUCUCUCUCUCUCUCUCUCUCUCUCUCUCUCUCUGUGUGUGUCUCUGCUUCCCCCCCUCCACUCCCCUCCUCCCACAAAAUCCAUGUAAACGGUAAUUACCCCCCCAACCCAUUCCACCCAGUCUAUUGACAGAGCUGGCGGAAGUGGGUCACUACAUUAUACGUCCUCCGAUCCCGAUGAAAAUGUUCCACGGAAAAGAAGAAAAGGGGUGAUCCAGGCCUUUAACCCCCAAAACUGUGGCCGUUGUCUGGAAUGUGUGUCUCCCAGGAACUCCCCCUCUUUACCCUGAAUACACUCUCUCUCCCUCUCUCUCUCUCUCUCUCUCUCUCUCUCUCUCUCUCACAGGAUACCUCUUCUCUUCCCUCUCCUCCUCCAUCUCCUUCCCUCUCCAGCCUGGUUGUCUGAGCCAAUCCUCAGUCCGUCUCACCUCAGCAACAACCUCAGAAAAAUAACGUGUACUGUAUAGAUAAUAAAUAUAUAUAUAUGGUUCUCGGCCACACUCUACCUACCGACGUACCCCUCAAAAAUCCACCCUCUUCAUUGUGCAAUUCAUCGGAAGAGCAGCCCCCGGCCGCCGUCUGGGGAACGAUGGAUGGAAAGAUGGAUGGUGAGAGUUUCCUUUUCAGAAAGGACUGCAACUGUCCAGUCACUGUCUGUGUGUCUAUAUCUUCUCUAGUCCUCCUUCCUCAGCGGAGGGGCUUUUUGCUUUCCGACAGUAGAUCUGCCAUUGGAUGAAAACCUCUUUAAAAAAAAAAAAAAAAAAAAAAAAAA